AAAAUCCAAGAAAAAAAAAAGGAGCGGGAAAACAUUUUAUUCCUAAUAAAAAGAAAAAUAAAAUCGAAGGUAAAAUGCAAGAGAAAAAAGACAAGUGAAGCGAGGAUGAAGGGGGAGAAAGGGAGAUCGGUGGAAGAGAAAUACACUCAAUGGAAGUCUUUAGUCCCUGUCCUCUACGAUUGGCUCGCUAAUCACAACCUCGUUUGGCCUUCUCUCUCUUGCCGAUGGGGGCCGCAACUAGAGCAAGCUACUUACAAGACCCGUCAGCGUCUUUACCUUUCAGAACAGACUGAUGGAAGUGUUCCAAACACACUUGUAAUAGCCAACUGUGAGGUUGUUAAACCUAGGGUUGCUGCUGCUGAGCACAUAUCUCAGUUCAAUGAAGAAGCCCGCUCUCCCUUUGUGAAGAAAUAUAAAACUAUUAUACAUCCUGGAGAGGUGAACAGAAUCAGAGAACUCCCACAGAACAGCAAGAUAGUUGCGACACAUACUGACAGUCCUGAUGUCCUCAUUUGGGAUGUAGAGGUCCAGCCUAAUCGCCAUGCUGUGCUGGGAGCUGCAGAUUCUCGUCCAGAUCUGAUAUUGACUGGACAUCAAGAAAAUGCUGAAUUUGCUCUUGCUAUGUGUCCAACUGAACCUUUUGUCCUAUCUGGAGGCAAGGACAAGUUAGUGGUUUUGUGGAGCAUUCAUGAUCAUAUCUCUACUCUGGCAAAGGAGCAAGGGCCCACAAAGUCUCCAGGAUCUACUAGUACCAGUACAAAACAUGCCUCUAAGGGUGGUGGGGGUAAUGAUAACCAUGUUGAGGGCCCUUCCGUCGAGGCACGAGGUAUCUACCAAGGCCAUGAGGAUACAGUUGAAGAUGUUCAGUUCUGCCCAUCAAGUGCUCAGGAAUUCUGCAGUGUUGGAGAUGAUUCUUGUCUUAUAUUAUGGGAUGCUAGAGCUGGCUCAACUCCAGCUAUCAAGGUUGAGAAAGCUCAUAAUGCUGAUAUUCAUUGCGUCGAUUGGAAUCGUCAUGACAUAAAUCUCAUUUUGACUGGGUCUGCUGAUAAUACCAUUCACAUGUUUGACCGCCGAAACCUUUCCUCUGGCUCACCAGUUCAUAAACUCGUGGGCCACAGUGCUGCUGUCCUUUGUGUACAGUGGUCCCCAGACAAGUCAUCAGUCUUUGGAAGUUCUGCUGAGGAUGGGAUCUUAAACAUCUGGGACCAUGAAAAGAUUGGGAAAAGGCAAGAUACUGCUGGAUUGAAGGCACCAAAUGCUCCUCCUGGAUUGUUCUUUCAACAUGCAGGGCAUAGGGACAAGGUUGUGGACUUCCAUUGGAAUACAUCUGAUCCGUGGACAAUUGUCAGUGUGUCAGAUGAUUGCGAAAGCACUAAUGGUGGUGGUACUCUACAGAUAUGGCGGAUGAUCGAUUUGAUUUACCGUCCGGUAGACGAAGUCUUAGCCGAGCUAGAUAAGUUUAAACCUCACAUUCUAGGAUGUGAAAAAAAUUAGUGAAAAAAAUGCUUUAAUUGUUUUACGGUGGAAAUCUUAAGUUGUUGAAACCAAAUCUCUUUGAGAACCAUAGUUUCUCAUAUGCAUGUUGUGGUAGGGAAGAAAAUUUGAAGUACCAAUGGUUUAUUUCAUAUCACUUGGUUUGCUGGUGGGGGGAAAUGAGUGCCCGUGGCUUGGUUGAUGUGCAAAAAAGCAUGUGGACCAAUUAGUGCUGCACUGAUCCGAUUUGAUUGGUUGAAUUAAGAAUUGACGAUUUAAUCGAAUGAUAUAUGAAAUGUAUCAAUAGUGUUUUUAGAA